AUGAAGAGGGUCUCGCGAAGAGAAUCGCCAUUGCGUAAAAAGUAUAGACGUGAAACCGGAAGUGCUGUAAGGAACUCAAGUGGUUUUAGGGGUUACGGAAACAUCGUGAAUAGUCGUAUGCGACCAUUACAGCAGUCUCUGCCGUCUGAUAGGCGUAGUCAUCGUCCUGGGAAUUCUUCAUUCACCCGUUCAUCUCGUGAUUUUACUGAUACGGGUCGCAAAAAUAUCUCAGGAGGUUAUCAUUCAGGGCCUACUCUCAGGCGGUUUCCUCAACGCACCUCUGGAAACAGCGGAGACGCUCGUUCAUCUGAUGUGUACAACCAAGGUGGAUCAAACUCGGACCGAUUUCUACAGAGUUUGGUGCCAAGUGGCGAUUUAGUUGGACCAACUGGGACAAAAAUCGACCCCGUCUUCGCAGCAGCAGCUGCUGCCGCUCUCAAUGCAACUCUCUCCGCCCCAUCAGUCUCGUCUUCUAAUCUCUACUCGCAUAAUUCCUCAGCAACUGUAGCUGCCGUUGCGGCGGCCGCGAUGAACGCUGCUGCACUCGCAGCUGCCCUUGGGGGCGCGUCAAAUCAAUCAAACGCUGGCGCCAGUCCGAAUUUCCAAAUCCCCGGAAUGGGCACGCAUUCGGCGGCAAUGAAACCCAGCAGGUCUUCUCCCUAUGAUCGCCGCGUUGGCAGCGGCAACUAUAGGAAUGAGCGCCCUCGCGAGCGCGAGUCCUCGUUCAGGAAUGACUCAGCUCGCCGCACUUCAAGCAGCGGUGGUGGUGGUGGCGGCGGCGGAGGUGGUGCUCAUCCCAGCCCGGAGGAUGACCCUACCGCCACACGCACCCUUUUCGUAGGCAACCUCCCUCCUGACAUCCGCAUUUCCGAGCUUCGUCAAAUUUUCGACGUUUAUGGCAUCCUGGAGGAUAUCGACAUUAAACGUCCCCAGUCGUCUAACUCCAACGAACCGACUUAUGCAUUUCUGAAGUACGUUAAUGUUAGCAUGGCCUACAGGGCGAAGUUGGGCAUGGCAGGCAAGCGAAUCGCGGGCUACAUCUGCAAAAUUGGCUACGGGAAAGUGACACCCACUCGGUGCUUGUGGGUCGGUGGUUUGGGACCGUGGGCGAAUUACCCCAUGUUUGCCUCUGUUGUCGAGCGAUUUUCUCGACCUAGAAAGAUCAUCUGGCCCUCGGGUAAGGGCUACGCAAACAUUCUCUACUCGUCUACCGAUGCCGCUGCGGCUGCUGCUGCUGCUUUACGCGGAUACCCUUUGGGUGGCAGUAGCCACCGCCUCCGCGUUGAUUUUACCGAUGAGGCGCAUAUGCUCGGUACGGGGACGAUCGACUCCCUGCGUCGCGGACGAACUACUGGCAAUGGGGGCGAGCGAGUACAUCAUUCUGUGAGGCGCGACACACACAGGCGGCCGCGAUCCAUCUCUCGUUCGCCCAUACGAGCCCCAAGUCGUAGGUCGUCUUCAGCCUCCGUGGCGAAAAGCGCCACGCCGUGUCCUUCCUCACAAUCCCGUUCUUCUACCCCUGCUGUCGCCAUUCCCGACAACAUGACGUUGGAGUCGGCGUCGACUAUCGAGGAUGUUGCCUCCUGCCUCGCUGGUCCGGUUUGGAGGGCUGUCUUCGUUCUGAAGAAGAGCAAUUUCUCCUGCCGAUUGCACGCUGUUUCUGGGGACUCGGCACUCGCUGAUCAGUUGUUCCCCCGUCAACGACCCAAACCACCACAGACCCCACCAGACGACGAGGACGAGAAUGGACAAGAUGACAGGCGCUCUGCACCGUCUCCGGGCGACAAUUCUAUCGACCCACCGUUGCUGCGAAUCAGUCAGCGUAUGAAAAUGGAUCCGGCGAAAUUGGAGGAUGUGCGCAAGCGAAUGAAGUCGGUGGGAGACUCGGGUUAUUGUGUGCUGCUGGCUACAGAAGCGGCCAAUGAGAUAAGCUCUGACAAUCACAGCAGACCCCUACGCGACCUCAUCAACUACCUUGCAAGCAAGGAGGCCGCAGGCGUGGUGCUAAUGAAUCCCGAACAGCAGCAGCAGCAGCAACAAGACGACGGAAGAGGUGAGUCGGAGUCGACGGGCGUGCUGCACGUCCUUCCGCCCAGCGACUUCGCCGUUUCCCUUCUGGUGGAGGGUGGAGCUACUGGUUUGCAGCAGAAGAAUUCAGCUGUUGUUGGCGACAAGUUUCUCGUUAUCCUUCUGAUCCGAAGUUAUGGCCUCCUGUGA